AUGCGUUGGAGGCAAUUUGUCAUUUUAUUUGGGAUUGUUGGGCUUUGUCAGUUCAAGAUUUGUCAGAUAAGUCAUGAUGGCCACACCUCACCAGACUGGUUUCAGUGUCCUGUGGUGGGGCUUAGCUGUCCACAUGAGGAAUUUGGUGAAGGCUCCAUACCUUUACACGCUUAUAUUUUGGCCCUGAUUGCAUUCAUCUGCAUAGAGACCAUCAUGGAAUGCUCCCCGUGUGAAGGCCUCUACUUUUUUGAGUUUGUGAGCUGCAGUGCAUUUGUGGUGACUGGAGUUUUGCUGAUUCUGUUCAGUCUCAACCUUCACAUGAGGAUCCCCCAGAUCAACUGGAACCUGACAGAUUUGGUCAACACUGGACUCAGCACUUGCUUUUUCUUUAUUGCUUCGAUUGUACUGGCUGCUUUAAACCACAAAACCGGAGCAGAAAUUGCUGCCGUGAUAUUUGGCUUCUUGGCCACGGCGGUGUAUGCAGUGAACACAUUCCUGGCAGUGCAGAAGUGGAGAGUCAGCAUCCACCAGCAGAGUGCCAAUGACUACAUCCGAGCCCGCACCGAGUCCCGAGACGUGGAUGGCCGCCCUGAGAUCCAGCGCCUGGACACAUGAGGACCUGCCAGAGUCCUCCUCCCUCUCAUUCUCGUGCCCAUCCUUUCAAUCAAGUUUUCUUUUCCUUGUCACGUCAGAUUCUCAUGUGAUUAAGCUGAAUUUUGUCCUCUUAGGCUCAUUUUGGGAAAGGGUUUUUUUUUAGUGGCCCUGUUAGCAGGUAUGUGAGGUGAAGAACCCCUGUAUACCCAGCUGUUCAGACAGAAGUGGGUGGGAGAGACCUACGGAUUCUCCAGCGUUUGGUGGCCGUGGGAGCUGCCAGACUCCCUGGCUGCCAUGUCCACUUUAGGUCUUCACUGUCCCUAAGCACAGGCUUCCCAUCUGACUCUGAGCCACCCUGUCAUAUGUAUUUGUGACAAGUAAAGACUCUGGAUUAAAUGGGGACUGCUAGGAGGGGGGGAAAUCAAGGAAUGAAGGUACAGGGUUGAACCAGUCCAUCAGUGAUUCCUGGGCAGCCCCCACAGUGAGCUUCAUCAGCGUUAGUCUUGCUGCCAGGACCCUCCCCUAAUGCUUAUCUUCCUCCCUACUGCUUGUCUUCCAUGCCCAGGGCGUUGAGACAGCCGGCGCAGGCCAUGUGUGGCACUGAGGGUCUUGGUGAUGGGUGUGCUGGUGGAGCUCUUGGCUGGUUCUGGACUUUAUGGGGAGGGGUGAUACUGGUGUCCUCUUGCGACAGCUCCAUAGGACUGCUGACAUACGGGAGGGUCACCUUUCAUUUCCUACCUGCUGAGAAAUCCCUCGAUUCUUCCUUGAAUGAAUCACCUCCCUGAAUCCCAGAUUCUCCUCCAGGAAUAUGGGGACAAUCUUGUUUUUCGCUCUCCUAACUAUCCUUAAUACUUUGAAGCUGAACUGAAGAUUUUCUGUAAUUUUACCGUCUCAGGUAGAAGCCAGGAAAGAAAUUCAAUCCAUUCCAGCAGCCAGAACACUUGCCCCUUUGGACCACAGGUGGGACACAUCUCUAUUUUAGAGACAUAUGCUAAUUUUCAGUUACCUGAGAAGAGUUCUAAAGUGAUUCUGAGUAGACUUGUCUAGGAUUUGAAAAUACUUGAAUUUGCACCAUGACAUCCUUUCACUGACAUUUUAGAAGGCACUAAUUGCAGCUUUUUGUGCCUCAGGGUCAUAACUGAACAUUGAUCUUAGAAGUUGUUGGGAAGGAUUCUAGGUAUGUCAGGUUUUGAACUGAUUUUUUAAAAAUAUGUUUUUAUUGAUUUUUAGAGAGAGAGGAAGGGAGAGGAAUAGAGAUAGAAA